AGGUCUUGUUUGGUUAAUGUGAAUUUUCAGCUCGGCAUGCUUGUCCAAGCACAUCCUUGCUCAAGACAUUCCAGGACCAGCCUGCUCUGUAAUGGAUCAGAGCUGCAACACUGUUGAAGAUUUCUCCGUCGGCGUGUUUUCAGUCACUCCGUGUCAUUCCAACAACUCCACGUCUGUGCCUGAAGCCAAGAAAUCUGGUGCCACCUUACUUUUCUCUGGCUUAUUUCUGGGAGGCAUAGGAGUGACAUUCAUGGUAAUGGGGUGGGUGAAAAAUGUAGGCAUCAUUCGCUUUGUAUGGACCUUGUUGGUUGGACCUGUUCUGCUUUUGGUUGGUGUGACAUUUUUGCUGAUUGCCGUGUGCAAAUUUAAAAUGCUUGCAUGCAACUCUUGGAACCAGAGAGAAGAAGAAAGAGAAUCCAAUCCUAACCAGACUCCUAGUGGACGGUCCUUUGUUUUUACUGGAAUUAGGCAACCUAUAACUUUCCAUGGUGCUACAGUGGUACAGUACAUUCCUUCUUAUCCAACACAGGAAGGUGUCAGCCUGAAUUCUGCCAAUUUCUCCCAAGCUCACAGUCAUUCCGCACCAGUAAUUCCUGUUGCUGGCCCUCCGCACUACUACACUGUUUCUUCUGUAGACGAGAACAACUCUGCCUUCCUUAUGAUGGGAACCAGAAAUGAAAGGUCAACUGACAGUCCGGAAGAACCUGAACGGAUGCUGGAUGAAGGGCUUUGUGGUGACUUCCCACCUCCAUCUUACGACAAACUAUUCCCAAACUCAUCAUAAAGAGUAUAACAGCAUCCCUGACACCUCCAUUAAGACUUCACUUGCUCCUAGAAGACACCCAUGCUAACAAGCCUGAACCAGAAACACAAUAGUGUGAAUUACGUCAAUGUACCUCUUGUGGCUCUGACUUAACUAUUGUUUCCUGCUGAAAAUGAGUGCUGACCUGAUUCUGAGCGCAAGGAAACAUGUCCCUUCCAAAUAAGCACUCCUUUGACUGUUGUGUUUGGCUCCAUUUUUAAAAGAUGACAUGACCUUCCCUCUUUCCUGCUCACAUUCUUUGUUCUGAUCACUCUUUUGAAGGAAUUAAAACACCACAUUAGUUGUUAUUUUUGGGUAUUUGAUUUCAUACAGGUACAUAUACAGGGCCGAAUUUUGGGGUGGUGAUGGCAGAUUAGAGAUGAAUUGUGACACCAGCAAGUGCAGGAGAGGAAGGGCUUUGUGGAGAAAAAGUAUGAGCUUUAGGCAGAUCUGAGGGUAUGGUCACAUCGUCAAUAAGAACUACUGUUGAAUCAGAUUUAGCAUAAUUAAUAUUGAUUUAAAAUAAGGUGACUUACACAACAUACAAGGAAACAUGGGGUGGGGGUUGUCUGGAAAAAAAUGUUUUUUGGUUGGAAAGCAAAGUAAAAUACAGGAAGAGUUUCUAGAGGAUGUUUAGCCCAAAGAGAAGGGUGGUUCCUCCUCCUCCUCCUCCUUUGCUAGCUUGCACACUAGAUGGAGAAUUUGGGUUUCCUGCAUCCAUGGGAGAGAAAUCACUCUUGCAAUGCCCUUGUGGUACAGUAAUUCUAAAUCUGUAUCUCCUUCUCUGUGCAUGCAUGUGUGUUUGCCUGAUUCUUAGGCACUGAUCUCUCUCUCUCUCUCUCUCUCUCUCUCUGUGUGUGUGUGUGUGUGUGUGUGUGUGUGUGUGUCCCUCCUAAGGAGGGAACAUUUCUGGCCAGUUUCAGCCUCUCUCUCUCUCUUCCCUUCACCCAGGCUCUCUGUGUGUGCAAGGCAGUUUAAGACAGUUUUCCCAAGAAGACUCAUACACCGACCCAAAAAUCAUGUGGUUAUGACAUUAAACCAAAUUCAGUCCCCCCCCCCAAUCUCUCUAUCGAUUUAUUUCCAUAGUGUAACCCUGCCCUGAGUUAAGUACCAGGUCCUGCCUUCCACAAUUCCUCUGAGGUCACAUCCAUGCACAGUACAGAAGUCACUUCAGGCAGCAAAUGCUGGGAAGCAGUACCAAGGGAUUGGAGGAGAUCUCAGCCCUAUGUACAUCCAACUGUGGUCUUUAGUCUAGCCUCCUAUCCUUGUGGGGAGGAGGCAGUGGCAAAGGCUGUCCUUUCCAGCAGUGAAAAUUGCCUGCAAAUGCAUACAAGGCCAUAUUUUGCUUUUUCAGAUUACAAUUCUCAGAAUUCUACAGCUAGCGUCAUCAUUUUCUGUACUGCCUAUAGCGUUCUGGGAAUUUCAGUUGAACCCCACCUUUUGCACCCAUCAUUUCCCAUAUCUAGUCCUAUUGCCUGUAUUAAAAGACGAUUCAAUUGCCAGAACAAUUUACUUUUUUAGGCUAUCUUGUUCUUCCUCACCACAAGCAGCAAAAUAUCAGGGUUGGCCUUAAGCAGCGUGCAGAUGCAGUGAUGUUAAUAACAGAGAUGGCCUUCUUUUGAUCUUUCAUUCUUUCACCAAUAGCAGAAAUGGCCGUUGCAUGUUUAGUCCCACACAGAGGGGCAGGUUCAUACAGAGUGCCCUUCUGUCUUCUCUUGGCAUUACAAAGGAAGAGAUGAAAUAGGCAAGUAUUAUCGACAACCUUCUGUACAAAUUUACAGAUCUGAUUGUGAAGAUCUGGAAAUGACAGCCUGUUGUUUUUUCUCUCAUGUCUGGCAGUAUGUUUUUGAUUCUCUGCUGUCACUGUUGCAUCUGCUAAUUUCUGAGCUGGAUUAGAAAGUUAAAUGCAACUCUUGUUUUAUUGU